AUGUUAGUUAUACCUUUUCAAGACUAUGCCCUUGCUAUUGCUCAGCAACCUUCGUCUAGUGAUGCUGCUUCAAUUGCUAGGAUAUCUUCGUUGGAGGGUGGCCCGAGGAAGACGCAGAGGUCUCUGGAAGCUUGCUUAUGGGCUCUUGAGAGAGAUAAUAACGCUGCUAAGGUUGCCGAGGAGGGUCGUAAAGCUGUUGAUUCUGUCUUAGCCACUGAGUCCUCCAAAUCUAUUGUGAAGCAGAUGGUUUCGCUUGAUAAGGAGUGUGACGAAGCCUUUAGAUGGAAAGAAGGUCUUAUUUUAAGGCAAAAGGAGGAUAUUUCCUUAGUUGAGAAACGUCUCUCUGCUCAAGAAGUUAUUCGUAAGAAAUAUCAUGCUGAUUUUGAAGAUGCUUGCGCUUCUUUAACCAAGGUCACUGCAGAGCAGUUAGAGAAUGUGUACCGAGAUUUAUCUUAUGAGAAUGAGUCGCUCCGCAUAGAUGUUGACGAUCUUCGGACUGAAAGGGAUACCCUUUUGGAUGAUCUUGAUAUGGCUGAGGUGGACCUUGCUGAAGCUCAACAUAGUCUAAAAAAGUCUCAUAUCCAUGCCGGAGGUCUCCAAGAGAAGCUUGUGGGUGCAAAUGCUAAGAUCAUCAACCUUGAGGGUCAGAUAUCCCAGUUGGAAAUAUCUCGCCAGUUUGAUCCUGCUGCUAGAUUUAAGACUGAGGCUCUUCAGCGACCUAACGAUCAACUCAGUGCUCAGCUUAGGAAGCUUCGUCAGAAGUCGACUUCUGAUAUGUCAGCUCAGGCUUCUGAGAUGGAGGCGCGGUUUAAGCGUUCUGCCAUCGAUUAUAUCAACAAUGCUUUUGCGGAGGCUGAGCUCCAAGCGGAGGUUGUCACCUUUCCUCGUCUUCCUUAUCCUUGA